GCCAAAGGAACACUAGCCUAUCUGCAUACCGCAUGUAUUAGUCGCUCUGAGCAGAAUUCCAAGACUGCAUUUCUAAAAUCCCCAGACAGUUUAAACAUCUGGCAAAAAGGAAUGAAAGAAAAAGAGGAAACAGACGCAGAAGAAAGGCAAAACAGGAUGAGGCCACAGUUUUUGGAAUCAGGAGAGCGAGGGCAGGAUCUUUAUCUGGGUUGUCUCACAAAGCAACAGCUCAUAAUCAUAUCUGUGGCUGCUGGACUCAUCGUGAUACUCAUUAUCGUUACUGUCACAGCUGUAAUGCUCACCCAGACGUCUAAAAGUUCUGUGGCUCCUCUUCCUACUUUUUCCACCGGUGGAGACAUGCUGGACUUCCUAGUUCAGUCAGGUGAUAUUAGCAAGCCCGACGGGCUGUUGGCUACCUGGUUUCACAGAGCCAACAGCAAGGAGGACAUGAACAAAGCUCUCGCAAGUGAUGCCAUGAUCCUAGAGGCUGAUGUUACUCUGGAGGGUUAUGGGACACCUGAUCAGAAGCCCGUCCCCAUCAUGGCUCAUCCUCCUGACAUAUACAGUGACAACACUCUAGACCAUUGGUUGGAUGCAGUGCUGGCCUCCAGAAAAGGCGUGAAGUUGGAUUUUAAGACCCUGGAGUCGGUGGGUUUGUCCUUGGACCUGCUUGACCGAAAGAACAGUAGCAGCAAAAUAAACAGGCCUGUGUGGAUCAACGCAGACAUUCUCCAAGGUCCCAACGUGCCAGGAUUUGUGCCAGCAAUUAAUGGAACCAGAUUUCUGCAGUUGAUUCAGGAGAAGUUUCCAGAUGUGACCGUGUCUCCUGGAUGGAAGGUGCUGUACGCUCCUCCGGUUUUCACUGGAACCUACACCAGGCCCAUGGUGGAAGACAUGUACAAUAUGAUCAAAGACAUCCCACAAAUGGUGACUUUCCCAGUCCAUGCCCUGCUGGUUCGCAGAGGCUGGCAGCACAUCAGCUGGCUCCUCAGCCAGUCGCCACGGUUCAGUCUGACUUUGUGGCAGGGUUCAGUUCACCCGAACAUCAGUGACCUGCUCUUUGUCCGGGACAACGCCCACCCUGCCAGAGUCUACUAUGACAUAUAUGAACCCACACUGUCUGAAUUUAAGCAGACUGCAAGACAGCAGCACCGUCUGAGAAAAUUCUAUCCUGGAGGUGACCUGAUGGACUUCCUCAAUCCAGCUCACAGCUCAGACACCAGCUCCCUACACCCAACACAACGCAACAGCCUGGCUGUCCCCUGGUUUACAGUCGCCGAUCAGGCCUCUCUGCUGGCUCAGCUGUCAGAUCAUUCUGGUGGCAUGUUGGUGGUUCAGGUGGACACUGACAGUCUUCAUUCAGACGUCCCUAUAGUGAAAGGCUCUGGGAAAGGGUCAGAGGUCCUCACAGUGCAGGAUGUCCUGCACCUGCUCGGGCAGGACGCUGAUGCACGCUGGGGUGUUUAUCUGCGAGUCCCCACUCAGCGGCUGCUGGAAGGUUCUCUCAGACUGCUGCACCAAGCUUACGAUGACGAGAGGCUCUACAGACCUGUUUGGAUCAGUGUAGAGGCUUCACAGAGCAGCAACAACACAAAGGAGUUUGUCUCAGCAGUAGAGAGGCUGUUCCCUCAUGUCACCCUCGUCCUGAGUGGGGGUAACUGGCCACCUCAGCUCCCAGCAGUGGUUGUAGGCCUUUCUCAGAGAAUCACUCUUCAUCUAAAUGGAGCAUCAGUGCCAAGAAGGCCGGAGGAGCUUCACUCUCUACUAGGAGGUUUGGACAGUUACGACAUUAUGGUGGAGGAGGACAAGAAGAGCAACACCAAGGCUGUUGAAGUCUUGGAAGGGUUUAUGUCUCAGCAUGGAUGCCGAGCAAACACACACCUGUAUAGGAUAUAUAAGAAGUCCUAGCUACGGAUGGAGACAUACUGCACCUACAAAUCACAUUAUUAUUAUAAACUUGUGA